AUGUUCGCCAAGACUCUCCUCGCCGUCGCCCUCGCCGUUUUCGUCGCCGCCAACGCCGAUGCCGACAUGGUCCCGAAACUAUCCCUCGAGGCGCCGCUCCAAGCCCGCGCCCUCCUCGUCGACCGCCAGGUCUCUGGUUCUAGCUCCUCUUCCUCUGGCACUGGCUCUGGCUCCUCUGGCUCCUCUGGCUCCUCUGGCUCCUCUGGCUCCUCUGCAAGCUCCGACACCUGUCGGCCCGGUUACGAGGUUUGUGGUGCUGGCUGCAUGUUGGCCUCGUCCACCUGCUGUGGCGCGACUGGCGACUACUGUCUCGCAGGACAGACGUGCUGCGGUAACGGCUGUGCGCCGAUCGGAUCAAAGUGUUGUCCCGAUGGAAAGUCGUCGUGUCCGGCCGGCAACACGUGUCUUGAGAACGGAUGCUGCCCGGCGGGCAAGAAGUGUAUUGGCGGCGGCGGCAAGCAGAGCGGUGCGAUGGCUCUCGCGCCUGGUCUCGCGGCCGUUCUCGGUGCCGCCGUUGCGUGGGUGUAG